AGGCUGGGAAAGCAGGAAGCCAGGCUGCGCAGGCCAGCAGGAAACACUGCCCCCUGAGCUCGGGCUACGGGCCUGGGAGUCUCCGCGCAGCACCGCAGCUCCAGGCCGAGGGUAAGGAGGCGAUCCGGGAGUGGCGGCCAGGAGAGCUCCGCGGUCCCCACGUCCCCGCCCCCGCGUGCCCCUCUGUGUCCCCCGCGUCCCCGCAGGCCGUCCCAGGCCUCCACGAUGAAGGCGGGCUCGGGGGCCCAGGGGAGUCCUCCAUGCUUCCUGCGUUUCCCGCGGCCCGUACGGGUGGUGAGUGGUGGCGAGGCCGAGCUCCAGUGCGUGGUACUGGGCGAGCCGCCGCCCAUUGUGGUGUGGGAGAAGGGCGGGCAGCCGCUGGCGGCCUCGGAGCGCCUGAGCUUUCCGGUCGACGGCGCCGAACACGGCCUGCUGCUGAGCGGAGCGCUGCCCACCGACGCGGGGGUCUACGUGUGCCGUGCCCGCAACGCGGCAGGUGAGGCCUACGCGGCAGCCGCCGUCACCGUGCUCGAGCCACCGGCGCCUGAGCCCGAGCCACCGGCCGCCGAGCACCCACUGCCACCGCCGGGGGCCGGGGAGGGAGCCCCGGUGUUCCUGACCGGGCCCGGGUCACAGUGGGUGCUGCGGGGGGCCGAGGUGGUGCUGACGUGCCAGGUGGGGGGCCUGCCCGAGCCCACGCUGUACUGGGAAAAGGAUGGGAUGGCCCUGGACGAAGUGUGGGACAGUAGUCACUUCGCGCUCGUGCCGGGCUGCGUCGAGGGCGGCCGGGGCGUGAGCCUGGCGCUGCGCAUCCUGGCAGCGCGGCUGCCCGACUCGGGCGUCUACGUGUGCCACGCCCGCAACCCGCACGGCCACGCGCAGGCCGGCGCGCUGCUACAGGUGCACCAGCCCCCCGAGAUCCCGCCAGCGGACCCCGAGGAGGCGCCCCCACCUGUGGUGGAGCCGCUCAAGUGUACGCCCAAGACCUUCUGGGUGAACGAGGGCAAGCACGCCAAAUUCCGCUGCUACGUGAUGGGCAAGCCCGAGCCCGAGAUCGAAUGGCACUGCGAGGGUCGACCGCUGCAGCCCGACCGCCGCCGCCUCAUGUACCGCGACCGCGAUGGCGGCUUUGUGCUCAAAGUGCUCUACUGCCAGGCCAAGGACCGCGGGCUCUACGUGUGUGCUGCGCGCAACUCAGCUGGCCAGACGCUCAGCGCAGUGCAGCUGCAUGUCAAAGAGCCCCGCCUCCGGUUCACGAGGCCCCUGCAGGAUGUGGAGGGUCGAGAGCAUGGCAUUGCUGUGUUGGAGUGUAAAGUCCCCAACUCCCGCAUCCCCACUGCCUGGUUCCGUGAGGACCAGCGGCUGCUACCCUGCCACAAGUAUGAGCAGAUCGAGGAGGGCACUGUCCGGCGCCUCAUCAUUCACCGGCUGAAAGCCGACGACGAUGGUGUCUACCUGUGUGAGAUGCGGGGCCGAGUGCGCUCUGUGGCCAACGUGACAGUCAAAGGACCCAUCCUGAAGCGACUGCCCCGGAAGCUUGACGUCCUGGAAGGAGAGAAUGCGGUGCUGCUGGUGGAGACUCGAGAGUCUGGAAUCGAGGGGCGCUGGAGCCGUGAUGGGGAGGACCUGCCAGUCACCUGUCAGAGCAACUCUGGCCACAUGCAUGCCCUGGUCCUGCCGGGGGUCACCCGGGAGGAUGCUGGCGAGAUCACCUUUAAUGUGGGCAACUCCCGGACCACCACUCUGCUCAGAGUUAAAUGCGUCAAGCACAGUCCUCCGGGGCCACCCAUGCUGGCAGAGAUGUUCAAGGGUCACAAGAACACGGUCCUGCUGACCUGGAAGCCUCCUGAACCGGCUCCCGAGACCCCCUUCAUCUAUAGGCUGGAGCGGCAGGAGGUGGGCUCGGAUGACUGGGCUCAGUGCUUCAGCAUUGAGAAAGCUGGCGCCGUGGAAGUGCCCGGAGACUGUGUGCCCGCCGAGGGUGACUACCGCUUCCGUGUCUGCACUGUUAGCGAGCACGGACGCAGUCCCCACGUGAUGUUCCAGGGCUCCGCCCAUCUUGUGCCUAAUGCUCGCCUGGUGGCAGGCCUGGAGGAUGUGCAGGUAUACGCCGGAGAGGACGCCGUCUUCUCCCUCGAUCUCUCCACCAUCAUCCAGGGCACAUGGUUCCUCAAUGGACAAGAGCUUGCCAGUAAUGCGCCUGAGGGCCAGGUGGAGCCCGGGGCCCUGCGUUACCGUGUAGAGCAAAAAGGUCUGCAGCAUAGACUCAUCCUACAGUCGGUGAAGCACCAGGACAGUGGGGCCCUGGUGGGCUUCAGCUGCCCUGGUGUGCAGGACUCGGCUGCCCUCACCAUCCAAGAGAGCCCAGUGCACAUCCUGAGUCCCCAGGACAGGGUGUCAGUUACCUUCACGACCUCGGAGCGGGUGGUGCUGACCUGUGAGCUCUCUCGGGUGGACUUCCCCGCGAGCUGGUACAAGGAUGGGCAGGAGGUGAUGGAGAGCGAGUCGCUGGUGGUCAAAGUGGAUGGGCACAAACACCGCCUCAUCCUGCCUGAGGCCAAGGUGCGGGACAGUGGAGACUUUGAGUGCAGGACAGAAGGAGUCUCAGCCUUCUUCAGCGUCACGGUCAGAGAUCCUCCAGUGCACAUCCUGGAGCCGCGGGAGCAUGUGUUCGUACACGCCAUAACCUCUGAGUGUGUCAUGCUGACCUGUGAGGUGGACCAGGAGGAUGCCGCCGUGUGCUGGUACAAGGAUGGGCAGGAGGUGGAGGAGAGUGACUUCCUGGUUCUGGAGAGCGACGGCCCCCAUCGCCGCCUGGUGCUGCCUGCCGCCCAGCCUCCUGACGGUGGCGAGUUCCAGUGCGUUGCUGGGGACGAGCGCGCCUACUUCACCGUUACCAUCACAGACGUGUCCUCGUGGAUCGUGUACCCCAGUGGUAAGGUGUAUGUGGCCGCCGUGCGCCUGGAGCGUGUGGUGCUGACCUGUGAGCUGUGCCGGCCCUGGGCCGAGGUGCGCUGGACCAAGGACGGGGAGGAAGUGGCAGAGAGUCCAUCCCUGCUCCUUCAGAAGGAGGACACAGUGCGCCGCCUGGUGCUGCCCGCUGUCCAGCUUGAAGAUUCUGGCGAGUACCUGUGUGAAAUUGACGACGAGUCGGCCUCCUUCACCGUCACUGUCACAGAGCCCCCGGUCCGGAUCUUAUCCCCCCGGGAUGAGGUGACCUUGAUCGCCGUAAGCUUGGAGUGCGUGGUGCUGCAGUGUGAGCUGUCUCGGGUAGACGCCCCGGUGCGUUGGUACAAGGAUGGGCUAGAGGUGGAGGAGAGUGAGGUCUUGGUCCUGGAGAGCGAUGGGCCCCGCCGCUGCCUAGUACUGCCCGCUGCCCAGCCUGAAGAUGGGGGCGAGUUCGUGUGCGAUGCUGGAGAUGACUCGGCCUUCUUCACGGUCACCGUCACAGCCCCUCCAGAGAGGAUCCUGCACCCGGCAGCCCGCACCCUGGAUCUGCACUUCCAGGCUCCUGGGCGUGUGGAACUGCGCUGCGAGGUAGCCCCAGCCGGGUCACAGGUGCGCUGGUACAAGGACGGGCUGGAAGUGGAGGCCUCAGACACUCUGCAGCUCGGUGCUGAGGGGCCCGCCCGCACCCUGAUCCUGCCCCAUGCCCAACCUGAGGAUGCUGGAGAGUAUGUGUGUGAGACCCAUGAUGAAGCAGUCACCUUCAACGUCAGCCUGGCUGAGUCCCCUGUGCAGUUCCUGGCCCCAGAGACAGCUCCCAGCCCACUCUGUGUGGCCCCUGGGGACCCAGUGGUGCUGAGCUGUGAGCUAUCUCGGGCCAGCGCCCCAGUGCUGUGGAGCCACAAUGGCAGGCCUGUGCAGGAGAGUGAGGGCCUGGAACUACAGGCUGAGGGCCCCCGCCGCCUCCUGUGCAUCCGGGCUGCCGACCCAGCUCACACAGGCCUCUACACCUGCCAGUGUGGGGCGGCUCCAGGAGCCCCCAGCCUCAGCUUCACCCUCCAGGUGGCUGAGCCCCCUGUGCGGGUGGUGGCCCCCGAGGCAGCCCAGUUGAGGGUCCGCAGCACACCAGGCGGGGACCUAGAGCUGGUGGUCCACCUCUCCGGGCCAGGGAGCCCUGUACGCUGGUACAAGGACGGGGAGCGCCUGGCGAACCAGGGGCGGGUGCAGCUGGAGCAGGCCGGGGCCAGGCAGGUGCUGCGGGUGCGGGGGGCGCAGAGCAGGGACUCAGGAGAGUACCUGUGUGAUGCGCCCCACGACAGCCGCAUCUUCCUCGUCAGCGUAGAAGAGCCCCCACCGGUGAAGCUGACCUCAGAGCUGACACCGCUCACUGUCCAUGAGGGCGAUGACGCCACAUUCCGCUGUGAAGUCUCCCCAGCAGACGCUGAUGUCACCUGGCUUCGCAAUGGGGUCACUGUCACUCCAGGGCCUCAGCUAGAGAUCACUCAGAAUGGUUCAAACCGCAUUCUGACCCUGCGAGACUGCCAGCUCCAGGACUCUGGGACUGUGACUGCCCGGGCAGGGACUGUGGCUACCAGUGCCCGGCUUCACGUUCGAGAGGCUGAGCUGCUUUUUCUGCGGAGACUGCAGGACAUGCGAGUGGAUGAAGGCCAGGACGUAUGCCUGGAGGCACAGACAGGCCGGGUGGGUGCAGCUGGGGCUGUGCGCUGGGUGCGAGGUGGGGAGCCUCUGCCCCAGGACGCUCGCCUGUCAACAGCCCAGGAUGGCCACAUCCACCGCCUCUUCAUCCACGGCGUCAUGCUGGCUGACCAGGGCACCUACGGCUGUGAGAGCCACCAUGAUCGCACUCUAGCUAGGCUCAGCGUGAGGCCAAAGCAGUUGAGAGCGCUACGGUCCUUGGAGGAUGUGACCAUUAUCGAAGGGGGCAGUGCCACCUUCCAGCUGGAGCUGUCCCAGGAGGGUGUGGCCGGGGAGUGGGCCCGGGGCGGGGUCCGGCUGCAGCCAGGACCCAAGUGUCACAUCCAUGCAGAGGGCCACAGUCACCACCUGGUGCUCAGUGGACUGGGCCUGGCCGACUCUGGCUGCGUCUCCUUCACCACGGAUUCCCUGCGCUGUGCAGCCAGACUCACUGUGAGAGAGGCCCCAGUGACCAUUGUACGGGGGCCACAGGACCUAGAGGUGACUGAGGGCAACACAGCGACGUUCGAGUGCGAGCUUUCCCAGGCUUUGGCUGAUGUCACCUGGGAGAAGGAUGGGUGCACGCUCACCCCGAGCCCACGGCUACGGCUGCAGGCCCUUGGCACACGCCGCCUUCUGCAGCUACGGCGCUGUUGCCCCUCGGACGCCGGGACCUACAGCUGCACAGUGGGGACGAUCUGCGCCGGGCCCGCCCGCCUGGUAGUGCGCGAGCGCGAAGUGGCUAUCCUCUCCAAGCUCCGGUUAGUGCGUGCUCGGGAAGGCGACGGCGCCACGUUCGAGUGCACUGUGUCAGAGGCAGAGACCACAGGUAGCUGGCAGCUCGGAGGCCGCCCGCUGAAAUCCGGAGGCCGUGUCCGCAUCCGACAGGAAGGAAAGAAGCAUAUGCUGCUGCUGAGUGAGCUACGCGCAGAGGACGCUGGAGAAGUCUGCUUCCAGGCUGGACCCGCCCAGUCCGCAGCCCAGCUAGAGGUGGAGGCACUACCUCUGCAGAUGUGCCGCCGGCCCCCUCGAGAGAAGACAGUUCUGCUCGGCCGCCGGGCGGUGCUGGAGGUGACUGUGUCCCGCUCCGGGGGCCACGUGUGUUGGCUGCGGGAGGGGAUUGAGCUGUGCCCUGGAGACAAGUAUGAACUACGCAGCCACGGCCCCACCCACAGUCUGGUCAUCCAUGAUGUGCAACCUGAGGACGAGGGCACCUACUGCUGCCAGGCCGGCCAGGACAGUGCCCACACUCGACUGCUGGUGGAGGGUGAGUAA